CGGUUGUCUUGGGAUUGGCUGCCCUCUCUAGGUCUGUUUUCGGCCCAGACCGCGAGUGACCGGAAAAGGUUCAUUUGUGGCCAUAUUCUGAAAGCAGGUGCAGUGGUGGAAGGAGUGGUGCAGCAUGCAACUGAACACAAACUUGAGCUCAAACUUAGCUCUAUCUUGCUGGUUAUAUGCGAUCGUGAGAUGACUCAUGCCAAAGAUACGCGCGACGGCGGACAUAUGGUGGGGAGACGUCCGUUGCGAAUCAAUGAUCUCGAUUCACUGGAAAUACAAGCCGAGAUAUACUCGCACAGACAACGAGACUCCCGACUAUCCAUGGACGAACGAGAGGAAGAGGAGCUCUUUUUAGACUGUCGCCGCCACGAUACUGUGAGAGGCGUGAUGCGGAGCGUGCAACAGCCCAUAUCAGAUACACCGCUUGUGCUUUUGCGAAUGAGCUAUGACCCAGACGAUAGAAGGAGAGAUCAGGUGCGUCUGGGUCGAGUGCGCAACGAAGAGAAGAACUUCAAUGUUGAGUUUGAAAAGACUGCAUCCUUCAAUGCGCACUGCGAAAAGAUAUAUGACUUUCACAAUCCGAAGUUGACGGAAGAAAUGAGGAGUGUGCUUGGCCUCGAUACUACGUGCGAUACCCUGAUGGUCUCCACGGGACGCCACGUGUACUCCAACGACACCUGCGUGGAGGCCAUCCGCAGCAAACAGAAUCAGCUACUGGCCCAUAACUUCGUUGCCAAAGCAGUGACUGUUCUGAAGGCGGGAGGGAAUGCCUCCAAAUGUCACCAGUACCUCAACGAAGCAUUGAGUGUGUGUCCGAAGUACAUUGAAGCCCUGGUGGCGCGCGGGGCAGUCAACAUACAGACUAACAAGCUCGACGCAGCUAUAAUUGACCUGCAAGAAGCUGUGAAUCAGAAUGUAGAGCACAAGAACGCAGUCAAGUACCUGAGCGCGGCGCUGGUGAAGCGUGCGAAGGGAUUGAUGGAUAUGCACCGUUCACGAGCUUCAGACAAAUCAUCUGGUAUGAACGAGAAAGCACUGGAGAAGGCAAUGAACGACCUUCAACGAGCGCACAAAUUAUGUCCGGACAACCAGGAGACAUUUGAUCUUCUGAAGCUAGCACAGCAUACCAAGUUCGAAGCUAUCCAACAGGAGGCCAAUCGCAAAAAGGCCCUUCUGAAGGCCGCCAUGUCAGCUCUAGAGGAAGAAGCGACAGCAUCUCGAGAGAGGAAGCGCGCACGUCGGAGUGACAAUGACAUACCUAAGACUAAGGGCAAGCGCAGGAAACGAUCUAAGUCUCGAAGUUCACACAGAAAGCACCGCAAAGGGAGGUCAGCCAAACGGUCCAGCUCAGGUAGCAGUGGAGAGGAUUGGGAUAGUUCUAGUACAAGCGAUAGCAGUGACAAUAGUGACUCGGAUAGUGACAGUGACGACGCAAGUAGAGACCAUGGGCGGCGGAAAAAGCGCAAAAAAAGGAAAGAACAGCACAAGAAAUCACGCCGGAGGUGACGUUUCCCAGAAGAUAAAAAAAUAAUGUUCUA